UCAAGGAUUUUUGUGAGCUGUAAUGCCCUAGUUUCCAUGUGUAUUCAUAAGCAUUGAUUUUAAGCUUAUAUAUGUAUGAAAGAGCAUCAAUGGCGGAUGAUGUAAUGAUAAAAGAAGACCUUACAAAUCCCUGCUGCAUUGCUUGGAAAGACAAGUGCAGUAAAUUGAAAGACAGCUACACGAAGCUUGAAGAUCGAAGAAAAGCUCUUCGUAAGGCUCUCUCCAUUUUAGGGGAACAAGUCCCCAAGAUGCAAUCAGAAAAUUUGUCUCUCACGAAGGAUCUCGAGGAUGAAAAAGUUAGGGCAAACAAUGAAAAAGAGGAAAAGGUAAAGGAAUCUGCUUUAAGGGUUUCUUUAGAGAGUGAAGUUGCUGGGUUGAAAAAUGAAAUUCUUUCCUUGAAGAAAAAAUUGGUGGCUGAUGAUGGAGGUAGAGAAAUUAGUGAGCUUAAGGAGCUUCUCUCUGAGAGGGAAACAAAGAUAAAUGAACUGAAGAAGCUUGUUGAGAAAGAACGAGUGAGAGCAGAGUCUGAGAAAAAGAAGGCUGAGUUGGAAAAGAAAAAGGCGGAUGACUUGAGGACAAAAUUCAAGGGUGAGAAAAUAAUGGCUGAUGCAGAGAGGAGAGAUAGUCUAGAUUUGGAAAAUCUGAAGAAGGAAGCUGAUCAAGUGAAAUCGAAGUUAGCUUUGGUCAUUUUGGAGUUUGAAGAUGCUAAGAAGAAGCUGGAGGCAGAAAGAGAAAACACAUCUAAAGAGAGAAAACGUGCAGAUGCAGCAGGGAUGAAAGCUGUAGAGCAAAAAAAGAUUGCAGAAGCCAACUACCAGAUGGCCAUGGAUGAAAAAAGUCGUGCUACUGCUCUAUUUCAGCAGUUGGAACAGGAUAGGCAAAAGAUUGAUAAUUUGAAGAAGGAGAAUGCUGAACUCAUGGCAUCUGGUAAAAUGGUUAACACCAUACCUAGUGAAGGGACAGCUAUAGGAACUGCUCAAUUAUCAUCUGAGCUUGAUCUACAGCCACUGGAUAGAGAUGCUACCACGGUAGAUGUAGCUCUGGAUUCUGAUGUAACACAAAGAAAGCUCCACAAAAUGGAACAUAAGGUGGUGGUUGAGAAAAAACGUGUUAAAUCCGAGAUGAAAAAAGUGGAAAAGCAAAGAAAGGCUGCAGAAGCAUAUAAAAAGAAGGCAUCCAAAGAAAAAGAUCGUGCUGAUAAGCUAUCCGAAGAGGUUAAAAAUUACACAAAAAAGGUUGAAGAACUGCAGAAGGAAAUUAAAAAUCUAAUUUCUGCAAGGUCUUUAGUUGACUGCCCUCUUUGUGCAUGUGACAGUAAUGUGCAUGUUGAAACUGGUGAAGUUAAGCUGUUGAAGAAGCAAUUGAAUUUUGAAAAGAAGCGGGUGAAGCAGGCCAAAAGAGAAGCUAAGGUUGAAAGAACUCAUAAUUUAAUACGACAGGAAAAUCUACUUAGCUUACAACAAAAGUUUGUUGAUAUCUCAAGACAUCUUAAUAUGUUCUAUGGUUGCGUCUUUCAAGAUAAUGAGCAUAACCAGGAAAAGGUUUGCAGCUUUAACUUGAAAAAUAAUUAUUCUGGUUUGAAAGCUUGUGAUACACACUAUCAUCUUGGAAAUGAUUCAGUGCAUUUAGCUGCUGUCUCUGAUCCGCCCAAGCAAAAGAUACAAUGUACUGUACCUUCGCUUCCUAUAUGUGGAGGGAACAACCCUGGAUCAAUGUCAGGUAUUAACUCUAAAUUGGAGCCUUUGCUUAGAGGUUCCAACAAAAAAGUGUUACAGAGUUCUGCCAUGAAUUCCAGUUCGGCAUCUUUUUCUGAUAGGCUAUUGGUGGGCUCACAGGAAAGAUGUGCUUCAAUAACAACAUCAGCUAAAUCAGCUGAAGGAAAAUUGGACACAGAACCGACCAUAUCAAGUUUGUCUGAAGAUGCAAGAAAAAAGUACAACGAGAAUGUUGUAGCAAUUGCGGAAAGUAAUGUCAAGAGUCCUAUCAAUUGUAUUUCUAAUGAGAGGAGACAUAAGAGGAUGAGCAGAUCUAUUGAUGCCAUUGAAUAUAAUGGAAACUUGAAUUAUGAGGGUAACAAGUGGCAAAGGCAGCUGGCACAGAAAAGCUCUCUACAUGAUGGUAUGUUAAAUAGUAGAACAAAUGGACCUCAUGAUGAGAAAAAGCAUUUGGUAGCUGGCAUACAACAUGACAUGUUCAGCGACCAUUUUAGAUCUAGCAAGAAGAGAAGAACAUCCAGUGAAUUAGGCCUGCAGCUUUUAAACAGUAAUAGUGUGGCACAGACAAAGUUCGGCAAUUGUGGUGUCAAAUCUGAUGUCUGCAGACAUCCAUCUCCAAAUGUCUAUAACCUUCCAGAAACUGCCCAGGAUUUUAAGGAUGGGAAAGAUGAUGAUCUGGGAGAUAUUGAUGAACUUGUCAAUGGUGAUUAUAUAAAGCUUCUCAAUUUGGAUAAUGAUACAGAUGAAGAGUCUUAUCGUCUAGCAAUUGAAAUGCCUUUAUCACCUACACUUCCUGAGAUUCAGUACCAUAGUAGUGUGACACUUGAAUCGAUUAAAACACCUUUAUAUGAGGGACUGUCAAAUGCAAUGGGGACUGUGGCUUCAUCAGGCCAUUUUGAUUUCAUCAAUGUGGAAAUCAAUUCUAACCAGUUAACAUACACUAUCUUUGAUGCCCCCAAAAAAUCAUCAUUAACCGAGAAAAAAGAUCAUGUUGAUUCAUCUAAGAGCUUAAACCUUGACAUAACUUGCAAUUCUUCCUGCAAUUUCAAUGCAGAUACAUUGGAAGCAUUGUGCAGAUCAGAUCUAGCGCAGAUUUCAUUGGAAAGGAGAGUUGUCCCGUUACGGGAUGGGUUUGCCAAGUAUUGUGUCAUCUUUUCAAAUAACAAUGAAGAGAAUAGCAUUUCAAGUGUUUACCGUGCUACCAGCCAUUGUCUUGCUCAAUGUGCAGCAUCAUCAGAUACUUCUCUUAGGAGUAUUCUGGUCACUCUUUUGAAUCUUCAAGAAAUUUCAAACAAGGAGAAGACAUGUGUCUUCUUUUCACUCUUACUGCUCUACUUUUCUGAUACUGCAACGAGAGCCUAUGGAGAUGAUUGGGAGAGAGACCCGAUCCUUUUAACAAAUUCUGUUGCUCAGCAUAUAUAUACAGAACUCUCACAUGAAGAUACGAGAAGGAUAUUUGUGGAGUCUUGCGACUUGUAUGAUGUACUCUCUCUUAUGGAGGAUUUUCUUUUGCAUGGUAACUUGCUGGUGCAUGCUGUAAGUUCAAAGCUGUCAUCCAAUUCAGGAAUCAAUCUUAUUUUGGAUGGUCGUAGUAUAAGCUUGUGCAGGCAACCAGCUCCUUCUCAAUUGUUGCUAACUGGAGCAGUUCUGCUAGCAUCAGUAUGUGCAGCAGUUGAUCAUAUUGGUUUUGUUUGUGAGGCUUCCUGCAACAUUUUAAAGGCGCUGAGAUCUGAUGCUCUAAAUAUUCUCCAUAUAUUUGCCUAUCUAUGUGGUUCUAAAUACGUUACCCUCAAAGAGUAUGACUUAGUUAUGACUGUGGUGAAGUCGUUGGUGAUGCUUAUUCACAAGAAUAGAUCAUCUCAUAAUCCUGUUUCCUGUGGUGCAUUUGAGUCUUUGUCUAAGAUUUGUUCAGGUAGUAAGUGCCCGUUUUCAGAGAGUGCAGCUACUAUGGAUGCUGUUGCAUCCUCACUCUUGGAUACUCUUAAGAGUAAUACUUGCUCUGCUGCGGGGUUGGAUUUGAUGGAAUCAUUGAACUCAUCAAAACAUGAAAUCAAAAAUGGUGGAAGCCAAACUGAGGAAUCCUCAGAUGAUGUAGAUUUAGUCCAGUCAGCUUAUGUUACUUCGUGCGAUUCAAGCCAGUUCAUUGAUACCCUUGCACUUGUGGAGCUUGUUGCAGGUUUCAUGAGCUGGGAUUGGAUGUUUGACAAAAUUGCCUGUCCACUAUUGAAUUUAUUGGAAUAUUCUUCUAGAGAGCACAAUGCUGCUGCUAUUACUACUCUUCUUGGCCAACUUGGAAGGUGUGGACUUACAACAUUUGGAUAUGAAGAUGUUAGGAUACAAAGAAUAAGAAGCUCUUUAUGUGCAUUACUUUGGCGCUGUGACUCCAAAAGAAUGGGUCUUCACCUCCAGUUCUCCAUUGGAAUUGCUUUGAUUGACCUAAUUCCUCUCAGGUUCGAGGAACUUGUUGGAAGUAACAUUGACGUUGCAGCAGCUGCAAAUCCAUGUGAUCCAACUUAUUGCCUAAGAAAGUGGUUCUCUUCAUUGAGCAGUGAACAUCGGUUAUUCUUCAAGGCUUGUAUAUUCUGCUAGAUGCCCAAGGGAAAAUGUGCAAAGAUUGACAAAAAGUUUUGGGGGAGAGCAAUAGAUGAAAAUUGCCUAUUUGUGUUUUUGUUACUGUAGAUAAUUAGCAGUAGUCGAGGAGUUGUACAGAAAAGGCGGAUCUUUUUUUCUAUUUUUGGUCGGCCUGUGCCAUUUCUGCUUUUGGAUAUGAUUGGCGAUUGUUGGGCAAUGCCCUUGUUCCAAUUGUUCACAUUUAGGACAAUGGUUGAACUGAGGCAACAUUUUUUGCAAUGCCAACAAUAUUAUCCA